CCGGCCGGGAGCGCGGCGGAGAGCCCGGGCCGGGCCGGGCCGAGCCGAGCCGGGGCCGAGCCGAACCGGGCCGGGGCCGGGGCGUUUCAGGGGUGCCCAGCUGACACGGGAGCCAACAUGAACGUGGGAACGGCACACAGCGAGGUGAACCCCAACACCCGCGUCAUGAACAGCCGCGGCAUCUGGCUGUCCUACGUCCUUGGAAUCGGGCUGCUGCACGUUGUGCUCCUCAGCAUCCCCUUCUUCAGCGUCCCCGUGGUUUGGACUCUGACGAACAUCAUCCACAACAUGAGUAUGUACAUCUUCCUACAUACCGUGAAAGGAACUCCUUUCGAGACGCCGGAUCAGGGGAAGGCUCGGCUGCUCACGCACUGGGAGCAGAUGGACUACGGCGUGCAGUUCACAGCGUCCCGCAAGUUCCUGACCAUCAUGCCCAUCGUACUGUAUUUUCUAACCAGCUUUUACACAAAGUAUGACCGGAUACACUUCGUAAUCAACACCAUCUCCCUAAUGAGCGUCCUGAUCCCCAAGCUGCCUCAGUUUCACGGAGUCCGGAUCUUUGGGAUCAACAAGUACUGAACUGCGUAGACGGAGCGCGUGGAAGAGGAGCAGAGGCGAGGGGAAGUUCCUUCUCUCUUGCUCUGUUUCUUCACCCCCGUGCCCACUGGGAUCUGAUUUCACAGCGGCUGUUUAAAUGCAGUACCCAAUAGACAUAUACCGCAUGCUGGAUCCUCAUGCCCAAUAAAUCUAAACAAGCUCCAGAGUAGAGAUUAGCGCGGAGCAGGAUACGUGACGCUGGAUUUCUUUUAUUCCAGCGUCAUAAAUAGAUGGAGAUACACUGAGACUUCGAGGUACAAAGAGGAUGAGUUAUGGGAAGAUCAUCGUCUGUCCCAGACAUUGAACGGCGAGAACAGGGAUGAGGGGAAAAGCUUUUAGUGCUGGUACUAUUGCUGUGGUAAAUGCACUUUAACAUACAUUUCCCUUUCUGAAGCUAGGUGCUUUAAGCGAUAUGUGGGGAAGUUCAAAGGGAGACAGCCAGACUUCCCCAAUAGUUGAUUGUUUGCGGGUUUGAGUCCCAUUUUGGGGCAGGGGGGGGAACAGAACGACAGAUUUGUAUUUUGAAAUCUUUUACGCCACUGAGAAAGGAAGUUCUUUUACUAAAAACAGUACAGGAAAGAAUCACCUGCAGUUUGACAAAGCUUUCAGUUUUCUGUGGUACCAUUCGCGUGGUUCAGGGAAAAGAUUUACCAGCUCCUAAGCUACAGCUGAAAGUAACAACCUGUACCAGAAUUUCUCUGGGUAACUUUGCUCCCGAGCCCAAACCACUAAAAUUUUAAAGCACGCUGGGAGAAGCUGCCGACUGAUAGGUACAGGCCAAGUGAGGGAUGGACGGCUGCCUGGCAUAAAAAGUGGCAAUAAUUGGGAUUUUUCACCUCCAUCAGUCUCCUUGGUCUCUUAAGUCUGCGAGCACGUUACUGAGAUCUGCCAGUCCUAACUGUGGACUUCACAUGCGAGCCUCCAUGUGGCAAACAAGCGAUGCCCGACUGCCUGGCACUCAGCGCCACGCAUAAAUCCUGCAGCAGCAGCCCCUGGGCCCAGGGUGACUCUGCCAAGGGUGAGGGAGCUGCAGGAGGGCGAUGCUAACGAGCGGCACACUGAAGUGACCAAGAGAAGGGUGUUACGGGGCACUGAGGACAACAGAUGAUUUGGUAUAGGAACAAAAAUAAGCCUUUUCCCCCAUGAAACUACCACCUGAAUGAAAAAAGGUCUGCAGGUUUAGACUUCCUGGCUGAGAUGCCUUUCUGCUGUUCAAGGCAAUCGGUUUUUCUUUUGGGUUGCGUGCCCGAUGAAAUGUUUUUCCUCAUGCUUCCCCUGUAAACUUACGAAAGCCUGUAUUUUUUGUUGUCUUAGUGCUUAUAUUGUCUCACACUGACAAUGGUAGAAACUUUUAAAAUGUGCUGGUUUUGUUCCUGCAUUAGCUAAGCCUAGCUUGAGAAGUCACAGUGGAUAUUGAGUUGUUCGAUGGUCUGAGCACAGGACAGAGGAACUCCAAGUUCACACUUAGGAUCCAGUACUACUCCAUGUGUAAUUUUAGGCAAGCUGCUUUACCUCUCUGUCUCAGAUUAACUACCAGACUGCUGCAGAGAAGGGAGAAAACAUUUAGCAUACCUCAGAGGGAUGCUGGAACGCAUAGAGAAUCAUUACCUAAUAUGUUUGAAAAACAGAAAUAUUUUAAGUGAAAACGAAGCUUUCAAGAAAGUAGAAAGAAGAUUUCAAGAAGGUAGAAAGAGAAGAGCCUGGCUUGAUACUUGAGUGCUGUUCUCCAGAGAGAGUUUGGCAGAUGUGUAGUGUACAUGACCGGGGAGGGGGGUUUAAACCUUUUAACCACCACGACAUAGGGACUGCUGCUUUAGUUAAGGUACUAUAUUCCCUAAAGCUAAUGUACUCUUUAAGCUACUAGACAAUGACUUUUUUGGGGAAAAAAAAAAGUGGUUUUGGAAUAGAACUGUUUUGUCAAUCAGCUGAGUACUUUUGAAAUUAGUAAGAAAUCAACAGCACCAAUGCCUGGAAUACUUACGGGAAGACUGCUGCCCUCAAAGGUGCAGCACCUGUUCUUAACAGGGUGGCUAAGGCUGCAUCUGUAAGGCAGGCUGUGCUGCUCGGCAGAUCUGAAUUCCUGAUAGCACACCCAACAGCCAUGCCAAAGGUAAACCUCCAGAAGGAAGAACACUAUUCAUUUAGGUAGAAUACGAGGGGGGGGAACAUCAACUUUUUUUGCAACAAAAACAGUAGCUAUACCACAGGUGCUUUUGCUUGAAGUAUUAAUUCCCUAGAUGCAGACAUAUACUGAUUAUUUCUAAGUAUAUGUGCUUCACACAAAGGCAGGGCAGUUUGGAUAUUUUUAGCACAAGCACAAAUUGAAGGUAGAGGAUCAGCUUUCUUCAAAGUACAGCGCUGUAGUUGCAUCAAGCACCUUGGCAUUGUAACAGCUGAGGAUCUGGGUAUAUGUUAUUUCUGCUGUUAACUGACACUAUGGACAUUUGAUUGCAUUUUGUUAAAUUAAAGGUCAUCGGUAAAACAACAUAGGAUGCAAUUCCAAACUUCUGAAAAAGGCUGUUUUUAAAGCCCAGAGUCUAAAAUGUUGGGCAAAGCCUUAAUUAUAACAGUAAGCUUUUCUGAUAUACUUUAUUGACACUGAAAUUAUUAAAAUAGCCAUUACACAAGUGUCCAUAUUUGGGGUUACAUGGCAAACGAUGUUCUUUCCAAGGCAGGUACAGCAUUUUUUUGCCACAAAAUAUCUGAACUUAACUUGGACUCAUACAGUUAAUCCAAUCAAGUGAAAUAUAAAUAAGAACUGGAGAAAUAUGGGCAAAACUGAGAGCAAGAGUUGAAGAAAGAGUUCAUGUUAAUAAUAUGGUGUAUGGAGUAGCUUCAUUAGAUUUAUAGUUACUUGAACAAUUAUUGAUCUGGUAUCCUCCUUAAGAUCCCAUCUUAAGGGUAGGUAGAAGAAUUAAUCAAAAAUAGAAAAGGAACCAUAAAAAAAAAAAAAGCUUUGGGUACUGCUGGUCAAGCCACCUUAAUGUGAGUUCUGUGGCUGGUUCCUUCCUGCCAGCGUGAUGGGAGCGAGUCAUACCUGACCAAAUUUCUAGUUAAGUUUCUUUGUUGCAGUGGUGUGAAAGUAAUGAAUACAGUUCUGGGCGUCCUGGAACUCUGUAUGGAAACCACUUCUGGGAUAUUUAUUUGCUAAAUUCAUCUGGAAGUGAGUUCAGCGCUUGAAGGCUAAUCUUGCGCACACGAAGUUAAUGAACUUCGUCAAAACACUAAAAAUCUUAUGGGGUGAGUCAUUUCUGAGAAAAGGGACAUCGGAACAGCACGGACAGGAGGAGGGGUUUUUAGACAUAUAUUUGCAGCUGGCAUAGAAUUGAUCCAAGGGCAAAGCCUACCUUGUGUGCUGAGAGUCAGAACGGGAGCCCAAAGCCUGUCCGCUCCUUCUUUUAGGCUGUAGAUUUUUCUCCAGUACCUCUGUGAAGGAGACAAUUGAGCAUUAUUGAUUUGAAACAGGAUUUUGAUCACAUUGCACUUGACAGAUUUUCCCCUUGACCUUACACUGUACAUAGUAACCAGGACAAACUUCAGCUGGAGAACCAAGGUGGACUCCUUGUGUGACUGAGAAACAAAGGCUGGACAAGUAGGUACUUAAAAUGCUUUUCUUUUUUUUUGUUCUGCGAUGAAUGCAGGAGAAAAGCUUCAGAAACCCACCACUCCAGCAGUUUACAGGCACUGGCAAGCAGCCAUCCCUCCGCCUGAUCUUGUGGGCAAGGCCUCCUCUAAGCCAUCAUUAAGACAAUGCACCAAUUAACGCCAUGUGGAAGCCGCUGCAGCAGGGAAACAAUCAAGUGCUACCAGUUGGUGAAUUAGGGAAUCCUGUCUUGUAAUUCCUUUAACAGAGCUAACGGAUGUUACAAAGUCCAACCCUUUGCAGGAAAAAAAGCCUUUAAAAUAAAAACAAAAGCCUGAGGUCUAGGGCUACUUAAUUCUUGAGUACUUUUUUUUUUUUUUUAAUUCAUUGUUUAUUUUUUUUUUGUUUGUUUUAAUAGAAGGUUGGUACUGGCCCUUGAAAAGGGGACAGCAGUUGGGUUACCAUUGUUAACGCAUUAAUAUUUCUUAUUGUGACUUACAUUGCUUUAUCAUUGCGCAUAAUGUAUUUUAAGCAUGCAGGAGUUUGCGUUUAUGUAUCCUCCUUGGAUGAAUUUAAGUGAGCUAAAUUAGUUUUGUUUUUUUAAUGGAACAUUCUGACAUUGUACAUAGUUUUAGGGUUGUUUUGUUUUUUUUCUCCCCGUAGCCCUUCUUUUUGCUGUGGAUACCGAAGUCUCAUGUAGAGAACUUUCUAAAAUAAAAGUGUGAAUAUUUUUAUUACUCCUUUGUACAGCAUUCUAAGAGAAACUAAUAAAGUACGUAUUCAUGUAAAA